AAUCACUUGAAUUGAGACACAAAUGUGUUUACUAUUUAUUAUUUGUGAAUACAUUAUAACAAUAACACAAAAACAUUUCAAUUGUCUGUUUGUCCACUAAUUUGGUCACAUUUUGGUGACAAUCAAAGCAUUGCUAACAAUGAAUAAUCCACUGAAAGAGAUAAUGGCUAAACUGUCUCAUCAGUCAUCAAAUAGCGGACAAACGAGGACUGCAUGUGUCAAAUGUGGUUACCCCGGUCAUUUCACAUACCAGUGCCGCAACUUUUUUCGGGUCAAUCCAUCGCAAGAGAUUGUUCUGGACGUGAGUUCUACCAGUUCUGACGCCAGCGAUGAUGAAGAUCUAAACACUUCACUUAAACUCAUUGCCAAAGAUACUAAUGAUACUAAAGAUAAUCAACAAUCACAAGACAAACGACACAGAAAACACAAGAAGUCAAAGCACAAGAAACAUAAGAAACAACACAAACACAGUCCGAAUUCUGAAGUUAAACACAGAAGAAGUAGAAGCCGUGAAAGGAGUGAAAGUAAAGAUAGGGAUAAAAGUAGAGACAAACAUCACAAACAUAAAAGAGGAAGAAGAGAGUCCGAGUCAUCUGAUAGUGACAGUGAUAGACAUCGAAGAGAUUCACAUAAAACAAGACAUAAACACAAACCUAAAUCUAAAGAUAGUAAAAGAAGGGAUGGCUAUAAAUAAACAUUUAUUGACUUAUUUUUUAAUGUAAUUCAAUG